AUGGGCUAUCAGCGGGAAAGUUAUGUCUUCAAUACCAGCCAGCUGGGGUGCAUUGAGGGAUUGACCAUACUCUCGGAUAACACACCAGUUCUUCGCUACUUUGGCGGCAUACCUUACGCCUUAGCACCGAUUGGUCGAUAUAGGUUUCGAGCUCCUCGCAAGCUUCCACCGCUCUACAGGUACGGCACCAAGGCAAACCCAGGGCGCUUCACAGGUAGUGCAGCGAUAUGUCCGCAACCCCCUAGUCGGGUACCGCCUGAUCCAGCCCUCUUUGACGAGGAUUGUCUGCAGGUGAAUAUCUGGAUGCCAGUUGAUGACCCGAAAGAAAGCUCGUGGCCCGUAUUGUUCUAUCUGCAUGGUGGCUUCUUACAGUGGGGAAGUCCUAACUGGGGACCUGAAGCUUUAGUACGCUUGAUGAACGAGUCUGCCUUCAAGGGCAUUGUCGUUAUGCCGGCAUAUAGACUGAAUGCGCUUGGUUUUCUCACUGGGAAAGAGUUUGCCGAAGAGAGCCAGAAUGGCGAUGGAGGUCCAGUGGGAAAUAUGGGCUUUUGGGAUCAACGGAUGGCUUUGGAAUGGGUGGCUCAGAACAUCUCCGAUUUUGGUGGAGACCCGCACAAUAUCACAGUGGGUGGGUAUUCAGCAGGAGGAUUCUCGGCGUUUCAGCAGCUGGCUCACGAACUCUACUUCAAAUCUAAUGCAGAGGCCCUUAUCAGAAGGGUCUUUAUGCUAUCAAAUAGCCCUGGCGUCGAACCGAAGUCUCUGCCGGAACACCAAAAGCAAUUUGACGAAUAUAUCUCACGACUCGGCAUUCCCCUCGACCUUGAUGCUAGCGGUAAACUGGAAAACCUUCGAGCUCUGCCCUACCAGAAGUUGAUAGAGGUUCAGAGAGAAAUGAAAGUAUCUGAAUUUCGAGCGUUGGCCGAUGGCCAGUUCUAUCCGGCCGACCUUGGGCGCAAUAUUUACAACGGGGACUUUGCAAGGAGGAUGAAAAGUCGGAACAUUACUCUGCUGAUGGGCGAGUGUAUAGAAGAGCACGCUUCGUAUCGGGGUUGGCGCACGCCCCAGAACACGUACUCAGGCCUAUAUACCCGGCUUAGUGGGGAAUAUUCCGAGAUAGUGGCUCAGAAGAUCAUGGAGCAGUACUGCGGCCCUACACAGUCUCUACCAGCUGGUUACAAAGACUGGCAAGACCUUUUCGGCUACAUAUAUGCUGAUAUCCAAGUUCACCAUCUCCAAAGAGGGUUUUUGGGUGCGCUCUUCAGAGGCGGGAUGGAACCAGGCAAAGAUGUACUCCGAUAUCGCUUCGAUCGUCGACUAGAUUGCGUUGAUGAGAUCAUGCCUGUUGAGUGGGGUGUCACACAUGCAACCGAUGUGCCGAUUUGGUUCUGGGGUAUGGCCUUGUCCAAAGGUCUAACAGAACAGGAAAAGAUCUGGUUGCACGACUGGAACAAAGGGUUUGCUGCUUACGUGGAAGGGAAGCCGGUGAGCUGGGGACCAAGCACGCCCAAAGAGAUGAGAAGAUGGAGGAGCGAUGGUGAGACAGAUGUAUGGGUAGAUGACAGGUGGGAAAGAGGUCUGGAGGUGUGGGAGACAUUGAACGGCGGAUACUGA